AGUGGCGGCAAUAACAACCAUGGUGAUUAUGAUAAUAAUAUUUCUUAUUAUUGUACCUUGGCGCAGAUGGCCGUUGCUAUUUGAGGGAGAUUAAGAAGAGAGCGAGCCCCGUGAAGGCACCUCUCUCCCUGCGUGGUCAGCCGCUUCCCGGCACAGGCUGCCGGGUUCAGCUAAUCCCACCCGAGGGCUGCUCCCGCUUUUGCCCGGGAUGGCUUUAAACUUCCCGGUCGCCAGCGGGUUUAAUAAAAACCUGACUUUAAAAGUUCUCGCCAACCAGACCACGGGAGUAAGACGGACUUGCACGGCCCCGGAGCCGGGAAAGCAAAACUCUGCGCGCUCGGAGCUCACGGUCACCUGCCCCAAACCCGCUCCUCCUGCAGGGCUUUUCAGUCCCCCCACAGAAGUAAAGCCCCCUCCCGCCUCGGCACCCCCUCGCCCGCCACCUCCCUGGCUGCUUUCUCCAGAUUACCAAACUGGCCAACGUAGACCUAAGGGUCAGACGGCUCAGGGGAGAAGAACCGAAACUGUCACAGGAGUUAAGAAAAACAGGCAAACAAAGCCAAAGCGAGAAGUCAUCUCGCGUUGCUGCUCCAGAAAGCGCUCCCUGGCCGCAGGCUCCCCCCCUUUUAUUUACAACCAGCUCCCCAUUAACACCUCACCUGAUUACUGAGGAGCCGAGACAGCUAAUCAAGAAAAUCCAACAAACCAGCCAAAAUUGAGAGGGAUCCUCUGCUAGGAACAAGGAACAACCUCCAUCUACUGGCUAGAUCACUGCGUCUCUUCUCCAUCCAAAACCCAUCCCUCAUCACUCAUUAAGGAGGGUACAAUUUUGGAAGAAGCUUCUAAGGUCUCAAGGAAGCCCUCGGUGCUUGUGCAAAGAGAAGCUCCUAUUGCAACCUCCCUCCCUGCGCUGUUGCGCCUCGGUGUAAACAUUUUGGAUGAUCUAAAGACUCUGGGGUCUGUAUAUGGAAAUAGUGGGGUGCAGAGCAGAAGAAAAUACUUGUCCUUUCCGUCCCCCAGCCAUGCUUUUCCACGGGAUCUCCGGAGGCCAUAUCCAAGGAAUCAUGGAGGAGAUGGAGAGGCGAUCCAAGACCGAGUCCCGCCUGGCCAAGGGGGGACAGAUGAACGGCCGAGAAACGAACAUGCCCCCAAUGAGCCCCGAGAAGCCUGCUUUGUGUGCUGGUUGUGGAGGGAAGAUCUCAGACAGAUAUUACCUGCUGGCUGUUGACAAACAAUGGCACCUCAGGUGUCUUAAAUGCUGUGAAUGUAAACUGGCUUUGGAGUCAGAACUCACCUGUUUUGCCAAGGACGGCAGCAUUUACUGCAAGGAGGAUUACUACAGAAGGUUCUCCGUGCAGAGAUGUGCCCGCUGCCACCUUGGGAUCUCAGCCUCUGAAAUGGUCAUGAGAGCCAGGGAGUCGGUUUAUCACCUGAGCUGCUUCACCUGCACCACCUGCAACAAGACUCUGACCACAGGCGAUCACUUUGGCAUGAAGGACAACCUGGUUUACUGCAGGGCCCACUUCGAGUCCCUUUUGCAAGGAGAAUAUCCCCCUCAGCUGAGCUACACCGAGCUGGCCGCCAAGAGCGGAGGGCUGGCCCUGCCUUACUUCAACGGCACUGGCACAGUCCAGAAGGGGAGGCCCAGGAAACGAAAGAGCCCUGCCUUGGGAGUGGACAUCGUCAACUACAACUCAGGUUGUAAUGAGAACGAGGCAGAUCACUUGGACAGAGACCAGCAGCCUUAUCCCCCAUCCCAGAAGACAAAGCGCAUGCGCACCUCCUUCAAACACCACCAGCUUCGUACCAUGAAGUCCUACUUUGCUAUCAACCACAACCCAGAUGCCAAGGACCUCAAGCAGCUUGCCCAGAAAACAGGCCUGACCAAGAGAGUUCUGCAGGUUUGGUUUCAAAACGCAAGAGCCAAAUUCAGAAGGAACCUUUUGCGGCAGGAGAAUGGGGGUGUCGAUAAAGCUGAUGGCACCUCACUUCCGGCACCGCCCUCAGCAGACAGCGGCGCACUCACUCCACCCGGCACUGCGACCACUUUAACAGACCUGACCAAUCCCCCUAUCACUGUAGUGACAUCAGUGACCUCUAACUUGGACAGCCACGAAUCCGGGAGCCCCUCACAAACUACCUUAACGAACCUUUUCUAACAUUUCAGU